AUGGGGCAGGACCAGACGAAGCAGCAGAUCGAGAAGGGGCUCCAGUUGUACCAGUCCAACCAGACAGAGAAGGCGCUGCACGUGUGGAUGAAGGUGCUGGAGAAGAGCGCGGACCUCGUGGGGCGCUUCCGCGUGCUGGGCUGCCUGGUCACGGCACACUCGGAGAUGGGCCGCUACAAGGAGAUGCUGAAGUUCGCUGUGGUGCAGAUCGACACCGCUCGGGAGCUGGAGGAUGCUGACCUCCUUCUGGAGAGCUACCUGAACCUGGCGCGCAGCAACGAGAAGCUGUGUGAGUUUCACAAGACCGUCUCCUAUUGCAAGACCUGCCUUGGCCUGCCUGGCACCAGGGCAGGCGCCCAGCUCGGAGGCCAGGUCAGCCUGAGCAUGGGCAAUGCCUUUCUGGGCCUCAGCCUCUUCCAGAAGGCCCUGGAGAGCUUCGAGAAGGCCCUGCGCUAUGCCCACAACAACGAUGAUGCCAUGCUCGAGUGCCGUGUCUGCUGCAGCCUGGGCAGCUUCUAUGCCCAGGUCAAGGACUACGAGAAAGCCCUGUUCUUCCCCUGCAAGGCCGCAGAGCUCGUUAACGACUACGGCAAAGGCUGGAGCCUCAAGUACCGGGCCAUGAGCCAGUACCACAUGGCCGUGGCAUAUCGCCUGCUGGGCCACCUGGGUAGCGCCAUGGAGUGUUGUGAGGAGUCUAUGAAGAUUGCACUGCAGCAUGGGGACCGGCCACUACAGGCACUCUGCCUGCUCUGCUUUGCUGACAUCCACCGGAGCCGUGGGGACCUGGAGACAGCCUUCCCCAGGUACGACUCCGCCAUGAGCAUCAUGACUGAGAUUGGAAACCGCCUGGGGCAGGUGCAGGUGCUGCUGGGUGUGGCCAAAUGCUGGAUAGCCAGGAAGGCACUGGACAAGGCUCUGGAUGCCAUCGAGAAAGCCCAGGACCUGGCCGAGGAAGUGGGGAACAAGCUGAGCCAACUCAAGCUGCACUGCCUGAGCGAGAGCAUCUGUCGCAGCAAGGGGCUGCAGAGGGAGCUGCGUGCGCACGUAGUGCGCUUCCAUGAGUGCGUGGAGGAGACGGAGCUCUACUGCGGCCUGUGCGGCGAGUCCAUAGGCGAGAGGAACAGCCGGCUGCAGGCCCUGCCCUGCUCCCACAUCUUCCAUCUCAGGUGCCUGCAGAACAAUGGGACACGCAGCUGCCCUAACUGCCGCCGCUCAUCCGUGAAGCCUGGCUUUGUGUGAGUCCCACCGGCAGUCUCGGGCUUCUGCCUCACUUCCCCAUGCUCCUUCUCCACCACCGUGCGGGGGUCCCCUGACUGGCCAUGCCUUGGACCCUCUUUAGUCCUGGGGCAGCCGCCGGGGCCUCCUCCAACCUCGGUCAGGCCCCAGGGCCUGCCCACUGUUGCUCGUCCAGGCUCAGCUCCCCUCCCUGACUCUUUGUACUUUGCUCUUUAUAGAAAAAUAAACUGUUUG